UAUGCACCCAAGACCUGCCUCCAUCAAGCGCCAUGUGUUCUCUUUCGCCUUGGAAGUUGGACCGUGCUCUUUUUUUGGCAGCGAAGGAAGAAGUAGAAAAACUGAAACCGAUCCUUCAAGAACCCAAAACUCUCUUAUGAUCAAAUCACCAAAAUGACUUCUCUUGCUUCACGUUUGAUCCAAUCAAGAACUUCCCUCUCCAAAUUAUAUACAAUUGCUGCAUCAAGAAAUGGGAGAUAUCUAUCAACUGAUUCUAACAAGGUUGAUGAACCCUUUAAAGUUGAGGAGGCUGAGACAGUGAAUGUACCUCCACCCUCGACAGAGAAGUUGCUUGUAUUGGGUGGAAAUGGAUUUGUUGGUUCUCAUAUCUGCAAAGAAGCUGUAGACCGUGGCUUAACUGUUGCUAGCCUGAGCAGGUCUGGUAGGCCAUCGAUACAUGAUUCAUGGGUUAACAAUGUGAUUUGGCAUCAAGGAAGCCUACUCUCAUCUUAUUCAUGGACGGAAGCUCUAAAUGGGGUCACCUCUGUUAUUUCUUGUGUAGGUGGUUUUGGCUCACAGUCUUAUAUGUAUAAGAUUAAUGGAACUGCAAAUAUUAAUGCAAUUAGAGCUGCUUCAGAAAAAGGUGUUAAAAGAUUUGUUUACAUCUCUUCUGCCGACUUUGGCUUGGCCAAUUACUUGCUGCAAGGAUAUUACGAGGGAAAGAAAGCUGCUGAAACAGAGUUAUUGACCAAGUUUGCAUACGGAGGAGUGAUUCUCAGGCCUGGGUUUAUUUACGGAACUCGCAAUGUUGGAAGUGUUAAGUUACCUCUAGGUGUGAUUGGUUCUCCAUUGGAGAUGGUUCUUCAACAUGCAAAACCACUCAAACAGCUUCCCCUUGUUGGGCCCUUGUUCACUCCCCCUGUCAAUGUUACUGCUGUGGCAAAAGUUGCAGUAAGGGCAGCAACUGAUCCAGUUUUCCCUCCAGGCAUCAUAGACGUUUACGGAAUACAGCGGUAUAGCCAGCAAGGGGCAGCAUAGAUUUGUUGAUCUCUCUCUCUCUCGUAUUUACCCACCAAAUAUAGAGUCCGUUCAUGAAUAUGAAGAUUUCAUUUGUUUUCUUCUUUGUAAAUUCUCAAGAUGUUUGCUGUUGGACUUGUAAUAUUUGGUGAACCGGAAACGAAGCAAGAAACGGUUCCAUUAACAUAUCUGAUGAAAUAAAAUCUAAAAUCACAGAAUAAUGUCAUUAA